GACUCAUUCGUCAGCUCAAAAGCCUCAGCGGAAGCCGCUUCUCUCCCUAUCCUCGACCAACCAUCGGAAUCACCUACCACAUUGCGUCGGACGGAGGAGAAGCCGCCGGCGAUCUCUCGUAGCUUCUCUCCGGAAGCAUCCUCCGCCUGCUAGCUUAUCGCCUGCGGGCAUCUGCUUCUCACAGGUCGACUCGCUUGACUUAGGGUUAGGGGUUUGGUCAUCCGAGUCGGUCUAUUCAUCGCCCCUUCCUCUGACGAUGGAGAGCCAGCAGGGCUGGAAGAUGAGAUUCUCCUUCAAGAACGCCACUAUCCUCGUCUGCUUCCUUAAUCUCGUCGCCGUACUACUGCUUCUCCACGGAUUUUUCGCUGCCCCCAAGCGGAGAGCCACCGCCGGCCACCAAACUGAUCCGACACAACUAAGGUACAUUUUGGAGUCUGAAGAGAUUCGCCAUGCUAUGGAGCCAUUGGAAUUAAUCAAGAGGAUUAAGGAAAUCGAGCAAGAAGCAUACACUGAACCAGAGAGAGAGAUACAGCAAGUUCCAAAGCAGACUGCAGCAGUUGAUUUGUCGAAAAGGUUAAAAGAUAGGGCUAUGAAUGAUGUCAACAGCCAGAAAGCUCUGGAAGAGUGGCGGAUGCGGAAGAUGGAACGAGCAAGACAACGGGAAAUUGAGAAAAAUGGAACGUUGACAUCUUAGUUUGGUGGUUGCAUUUGAGAUCUAAGAAGAAUGCUACUAAAAUGUAUACGUAUGUGCAUCAAAGCAGCUGCAGCUCUUUGAAGUUUAUUUAUAUUUACUGUCUGUCUGUCUGCAUUGGUAAUUUGAGUGAACAGAAAUCAAGCUGUUAUUGUAAAUCUAAAGAUAAGGGACUUUAUAUGUAGUAUAUGUUCAACAGGACUUUAUAUAAUUGUGCUGUAAUUUCUUUUGAUUGCUAAAAAUUAUAAAUAAUUGUUUUUAUAGUUUUGAUUA